GCAAACGGAUAUGACACGAUGGAGUGUCGAUUGGGAUAAUACGUAACACAGCAUCGCACGCUUGGGAACUAACAGAAUCGAAAAACAAAUGCUGUCGUUUGGGUUGAUGAAAGGAUUUCACGCAGCGAAUUAUAACUUUAUGUUAAUAAUCGGCUAUGAUUUCCCUCGCAAUAGUAAUUGAGCAAUUUUCAGCCCGGAGCCUCGGGAAUUUUAAAGUGCUUUUGAAUCGCUGCAAAUCUUAGAUCAGCGUCUUCAAGCUUGGAAAGCAAACACUUCAGUGGGCUGGGAAAAAUCUUGACAGAAUUUGAUUUUGCUCGCCAGACAUGAUACGCAAGAGAUUGCCUAAAUCAGUGACCGUCUUAGUUGUCACCAUUUGCAUCAUAAGCGCCAUUAUCGUUAAGUUUUACAGCGGGGAAUCAGCGAAGGAGAAAUCAUUUACUAUCAGUACUGAGCAAGAUAUUCCUGGAGGAAAAAACCUGAUUGAAAACAAACCAAGGGAGAGCCAGAAGGGACAAAAGCAAGAGGAAACAAAACGUUGUAAGCCAAAAAAGAAUGUGGUUUUCCUCAAAACUCAUAAGACAGGGAGUAGCACUAUCACGAACAUUUUCAACCGUUUUGGCGAAAGAAACAAGCUUGUUUUUGUUGUACCAACAGAGAAACAAAAUCGGUUGGGUUGGCCAUGGUUCUUUCAAGAAGAACACAUGAUUCACUACGACAAAAUAAAGCCCAACAUGCUUUGUAGUCAUUCGCGUUAUAACCGAGAAGUCUUGGACCGAGUUAUGCCUGAAGACACUGUAUAUGUGACGAUUAUUCGUGACCCAGUGGCCCAAUUUGAGUCAACAUUCUCUUACAUGACAUUUGGGGAAAUACUGGGCAUUUCCAACAAAACAGACCCUUUAGAAGCUUUUUUUGAAAACCCAAAAGACGUUCUAGUUAAUUAUAUACUCACUCAAGAUCUUCGAAUAAACAGCGAUCGCUUGAAACUUAUUCGAAACGGAAUGUUCUUCGAUUUGGGUCUGGAAUCUAAAGAUUUUGACAAUAUGGAAGAUAUUCGACAAAAUAUUCAGCGACUGGACCGAGAAUUUCACCUGGUGAUGUUAAUGGAGUAUUUUGAUGAAUCACUGAUCAUGUUAAAAAAUCUUCUUUGCUGGGAUAUAGAGGACAUUGUUUAUUUUCAUCACAAUCAAAGAAAAGAGACUCAUAAAAGAAAUCUAACGAAUAAACUAGUGACCCGGAUUGAACAGUGGAGCAGUGCUGAUAAAGCAUUAUAUGAUUACUUCAAAACUUUGUUUUUUCAAAAGCUCAGUAACCAAACUCCGGAUUUCUUUCGUGACAUUUCUGUUUUAAGAACAAAGAAUGCUGGUUUGCGAGACAGGUGUUUAGAUUUCACAACCGAACACAACGGGGAUUAUCAAGAUGUUGAAAUACAAGGAUUUAAAAUCAAGAAAAAUUUGACUAAAGCAAUGGAGACUUCAUGUGACAAGAUGACUUGGAAUGAAGUCAAAUAUCUUGGGUAUUUCCGGUAUAAACAGAAAAAGUUAUUAGAGACUACAGAGUCACUGAGAACGCUUUGGGACUAUCUAGCCACUUUUGUGCCAUUUACAUGAUGCAUUAGACUUUCUAGUAAAAAUAACCUUUAUCUGCACGCUUAAACUGGUCUUUUUCAUGAAUUUCAGUGGAUUAAAUCUCUCGAGCUCA